ACCGAAAAUGAAGUAGAAUGGAACAUAUUUAGAAAGUAUUGUUUUCAACGAUUGUAGAUGGUUAUUUCCUUAAAAUCAAGAUGGAAGACAUUGCACAACGACGCAGAGAUAUUGAUAAGAAACUUGAAAAGGAAAUGCACAACAUGACCUUAUUAAAAGAUUCACUAAAGAAAAGCAGUACAAAUACAAACAACAUGCUGUCUAUUCUGACAAGUUUUGAGAAUAGAUUAAAACAUCUUGAAAGUACCAUUGUUCCAGUUUAUAAUGAAACAGAGAAUUUGAGAAGAAGACAAGAAAACAUUGAGAAAACGUUACAUACAGUUGAUAAUGUAUUAGGUUAUUAUCAUGUAGCCAGAGAUGUAGAAGCUUACAUUAAAGAAGGACCUAAUGCAGCUGGUCUGAAUGCCUAUCUUUCUUACAUGGAGAAAUUAUUGAAAGCUAUGGAAUAUUUUGAAACAAAUGAUAAAAGUGGAAAACAAAUGGAUGAAAUUUCUCGUUUGUUUGAAGAUGGAAAUGAUGCGCUACAACAUGAGUUCCGUUCCUUAUUAACCAGACAUGGUACUCCAGUACCACCUAUAGUUAUUAUGGAUUUAUUAGGAAUGGAUGAGGAAUUACCACCUGUUGGAACAGACACAGAUUUAGCUCUACAACAUUUACCUGAAAAAAUUAUCUUAGAAUUGAGUGCCAUAUCAGGAUGGUUGGUUGCCAAUGGUGGCAAUAACACAGAAUUUCACAGAUCCUAUGUGAACUCAAGAUCAUCCAUACUGAGUAAAUCUAUUCAAGGGCUGAAGGAACAUUUGAGAUCAGCUAGUGGUAAUAGUACUUCUCUUAGUUUUGGAGUUCAAAGUUCACCUAAUGUGAGUGGGAAAGUAAAACCAAUGAAUAAUACACCAAUUAGAAAAAGCAGAAAGAAAUUAUCGUUUUUGUCGAAGAAGGCAACAACAGCAUUAAUGUCCCCAUUUGAGCCAGGUCAUAGAAGACAAGGUUCAUCAAGUGAGAGUAUUAAAGAAGAAUUUACCGAUAUAGAAACUGAGUUAUAUAUUACAGAGCUAAGUGCUUUAUUAAGACUUAUGCAGAGUGAAGCUCAUUUAAUGAAUGGAAUAAUACAAGAGAAAAAUCAUCGUAUGGUAUUCGAUAAUAUUGUUCAACCUAGUCUGGAUACAGUAGUCAAUGAAGGGGAGUUAUUAGCUAAUAGUGCUAGAAGAAAUAUUGGUCGUCAUGAAUUUACUACGGUAUUAUCUAUAUUUCCUAUUGUUAAACAUCUACGAACCAUCAAGCCAGAAUUUGAUCUUAUUCUUGAGGGAUGUCAAGCACCUACAAGAGCUAAAUUAGCUUCACUUUUAUCAACUUUAGACAGCACAGGAGCUAAGGCAUUAGAAGAAUUCACAGACAGUAUUAGGAUUGAUCCAGAUAAAGCAUCGAAUAUGCCAAGAGAUGGAACAGUUCAUGAAUUAGCUAAUCAUACUAUCAUUUUCUUAGAACAAUUAAAAGAAUAUGGUGAAACAGCUGGAGCUAUGUUAUUAAUGCAUGGUGAGCAGGCAUCUCCAGCAGCCAAUAUUACACCUGAUACAUGUAAAUUGAAAGUAGCUGACUAUAUGACUCGAGUAUUGUCAGCCUUGGGUUUAAAUCUUUCUAAUAAAGCAGAAACAUAUGGUGAUCCAGCUUUAAAACCAAUAUUCAUGUUAAAUAAUUUUAAUUAUAUUCUGAAAUCAAUCAAAAGAUCCGGUUUGUUAAAACUUUUGUUGAUGUGGAAUGAUAAAGUUGAAGGUUUUUACUUAGAACAGAUUCAAGUACAAAAGAGAUUCUAUUCACAAAGUUGGAGUAAAGUAUUACAUUACUUAUUAGAAGUAGAUAAACCAAUAUCUAUACAGAGAGCUCAAGAUCCAGCUGCCAAGCUCAAAGACAAAGACAGACAAAAUAUCAAAGAUAAAUUUACUGGUUUUAAUAAAGAAUUAGAUGAAAUCUAUAAGAUACAGAAAGGUUAUGCCAUACCAGAUCCAGAACUACGUCAUGCAUUAAAGGAAGAAAAUAAACAGUAUAUCUGCCCACGUUAUAAAAUGUUUCUUGAUAAAUAUACUAAUCUCAACUUUACUAAAAACCCUGAAAAAUAUAUGAAAUACACAGUUGAUGAUGUAGCAAAUUUAAUUGAUAAAUAUUUUGAUGCUUCAGCAUAAAUUUACAAUAGGAUUUUAAGACAAUCUGAUUAAAAACAGAUCUAUAUUUCGUUUUGUCUUUUUAUACUUUCGAUGGCGUUCACAACAUAAAGAUCUGACUGGUUCUAGUGGAAGGUUGCGUCAGGGGUUUUACCAGCGGCUUUUGUCCCUAUGAAGUCGAACAUUGAUUAAUCAAUCAGCGUUGACGUUUCGAGUGGUUAACCCACAGUUCCAUGCAUUGCACACAAGAACUUGCCAUAACAGACCGUUUCAUUAGCUAAUCCCUCACUUGUAUGUUAUAUAACAACUCUUCCAGAUCCUAGUGUUGUGAAGACAAGUAAAACGAAAUUUUGAACUAUAAAAAACAAAGCAAAAUAAGAUUUGUAUUUUAAUCAGAUUGGAUUUUAAGAUUGCCACAGAAAUUCGCUUUUUAUAUAGUAUACGUGUACAGCAGUGAUUGUGGUUUAAUAUUACAUGUGAUAGAUAACAACAUAAUGAAUAUUUAUACAAGUAUUAUAAUGUUAUCACAAUGAUAUACUACAAUAGAAAUAAACAAAUGAUACAAUCACUAACGCUGAAUAUAUAACUGCUGGUAGAAUUAUUAUUUCUACAUUAAAGAGUUAAAUAUGCCUAUUGCAGGUCUAUUUUCUGGCUUCAAUUCAAAUGUUUUAUACAUUAUUAUUUAGACAUUUAUUCGCAUGGCAAGCCCAUAAUCAACUCUUUAAACCAGUGGUUCUCAACCUUUUUUUGUCAACGGCACACUUUGGAUCACAUGGAAAAAUAGUGGCACACCUGGCUAAAUAUUAAUGAAAAAUAUUUGAAUUUUGCAAAAUAAAAACAUGGCAAGUCAUAGACGGCAUACAACCAUAGAAUGACAAACUAAAUAAAGAAAAACACACCUAUGAACUUACUUUAUUGCAGUGUUUAAAAUUUCAUCAGUCAAAUAGCUGGCUUCUUUAGUGAGAAAUUUUCUUAGUGUGCCGUUCAAAAUUUCGCGGCACACUUAGGAAGAUCUCGCGACACACUGGUUGAGAAUCACUGCUCUAAACCAUCGGAUGGCUAGGAUAUUAAAUGUUAAAAUGGACAGCAUGAAAUUAAAGCAUGGAAAAUCGAGACUUUGUUUAUUAUUGUAGCAAUGAUACUUGACAAUCCAGACUAUUUCUAGUCAAAACUUUCAAUAUUCAUUACUUCCCCUAAAAGAAAAGUAAUUUCAUUGAAAUUUGAAUAUUCAUUUUUCAUCAUCUAUUUUUAAACUAUUACAGCAGGAUCGACCAGCUUUUAUCUAAAUAUUACAUAUUGCAUCUUUAAUAUUCCCACAUAUAGAUAUAUGAAAUUGUUUAGUCUUUCACACUGUUAUUACAGUUAUAUAUAUCAUUGUAUUAUAUAUUACACCUACAUAUGUUGUAUA